AAAAUAAUUUAAUCUCUCACUGGUCACCCAAGAUAAGCUAAAAUUUAAUAAGGAGAACCAACAAACCCUAAUUUACAUUAACUCUAGAUAUAGUAAAAGCUACGCGUAUCUACUACUUGCUCCAUUCCUGUAUACCCUGAUUCCAUAUGUGAAGAUACUCAUGGAACCUUUACAAUAAACCUUAAAUCAGAGCAAGUAUUAUAGUGGGCUAUAAGCAGGCUAAAUGCUGAGAUGGAGGAGAGAAGGGAGAAGCAUGCUGUAAGUUUACAGCCAGCUUAGGCACAGAAACCAAAAAACUUUGUGAGAGAUAAAUGGGCCAUAUAUUAAUAGUGAACAACUAAUUAUUGUAUGGGUGGGCUGAAAGAAAGCUGUAAAAAACCUUACCGCCAGUAAAUGGGCUAUAUUAUUAAACUUGCUAUAGGAUCUAACAUGAUACCCCGUUGUUGAACCUUGUAUAGUACUACUUCCGGUAUCUAGUACUCCUACAUAUACUCCUACUGUCCCACUACCACACCACACACAAUCUCAGAGCUAGUAUAGCUCGCGCAAUCGCCCUUGCCACAACCAUGGCGCCCGUGACGUUCUCACCGCCGCUCCUCCUCCUCGCCAUCCUUCUCCUCACCACCGCCGGCACAACUCAAUGCCACGGUCACGGUCACGGCCACAAUCACAAGAGCCAGCGCCACCACACCGGCGGAACUAGAAUGCCCAAAAAGACCGCCGCGGCGAGCGCCAGCAGCCCUCCGGCCGACACCGUCCACCACGCCAUCUGCCACACGACGCCGCACCCGGUGUCCUGCCUGGUGGCCGUUGCCUCGCACCUUGAUGCCGCCGUCGCCGGCGCGAAGGUGGCCGAGGCGUCCGCUGUCUCUGUACAGCUCCUCCCGCCGAACGUGCUCUCCGUCGUGCUGGCGUCCCUCCACGGGGCGGAGUCGGCGCUGUCGUCGCUCUCCCCGACGCUCUCCGCUCUCUCCGCGCCGCCCGCCGCCUCCCCCGUGCCCGCGGGCGCCUCGCUCCGCCGCGGCGCCGCGCAGGACUGCCAGGAGCUCCACGCCGCCACGCUGUCGUCGCUCUCGCGUUCCGCGUCGCUGCUCGCCGCGGCGCCCGGCGCCGAGGGCCUCCCCGCCGUGCGCGCGCACCUCGCGGCCGCGCUCACCAACAAGGCCACCUGCCUCGACGGGCUCGCCGGCGCGUCCGGCCCGCGGCUCGGCGGCCUCCUCGCGUCCCUCGACGACGCGUACGAGCAUGUCUCCAACUCGCUCGCCCUCGUCGCCGGUCGCGGCGUGUCUGCUGCUGGCUUCGUGAACGCCGUGGCGAAGACAAUUCACAACCGGCGGCUUCUCCAGGACGACGACGGCAGCGGCGGAGACGACGAUGACAGCGGCGGAGAUGACGACGACAAUGACGGGGAUGACAGCGGUGGGAACACCGGGCAGCCGGCGGCGACGGUGAUCACUGUGGCUAAGGAUGGGUCGGGGAACUUCCGGACCGUGGGGGAAGCGGUGGCGGCGGCGCCGAACAGCAGCGAGACGAGGACGGUGAUCCACGUGAAGGCCGGGACGUACGAGGAGAACGUGGAGGUUCCGCCGUACAAGAAGAACAUCGCCCUGGUCGGCGAAGGGCGCGACACGACGGUCAUCACCGGCAGCCGCAGCGCCGCCGACGGCUGGACCACCUUUCGCUCGGCCACUUUCGGCGUCUCCGGCGAGGGUUUCCUGGCGCGCGACAUCACGUUCCGCAACACGGCGGGCGCGGCCAGGGGCCAGGCGGUGGCGCUGCGGGUGAACGCGGACCUUGCCGCGCUGUACCGCUGCGGCGUGGACGCCCACCAGGACGCGCUGUACGCGCACUCGUUCCGGCAGUUCUACCGCGAGUGCGCCGUGUCCGGCACCGUCGACGUCGUCUUCGGCGACGCCGCCGCCGUGCUGCAGGCCUGCUCGCUCCUCGCCAGGGUCCCCCUGCCGGGCCAGUCCGUCGUGCUCACGGCGCAGGGCCGCGCCGACCCCAACGAGGACACCGGCAUCGCGCUGCACCACUGCACCGUCGUCUCCGCCGCCGGCGGCGGCCUGCCCGCCGGCACGCGCACGUUCCUGGGCCGGCCGUGGGGCGCGUACGCGCGCGCCGUGGUGAUGGACUCCUACCUGGGCCAGGUCGUGGACCGGGAAGGGUGGCUCGAGUGGCCCGGCGCGGAGCCCAGUCGCCGGGACACGGUGUACUUCGGCGAGUACGGGAACGACGGGCCGGGCGCCGACACGGAGGGCCGCGUGGACUGGGCUGGAGUGCGGCAGAUGGAGUACGACGAGGCGGCCCAGUUCGCCGUCGAGAACUUCAUCUACGGCGACGAGUGGCUGGGCGCCACCUCCUUCCCCUACGAUGACGACGUCUGAACUGAGCCUUUGCUGCUCUGCAAAAUCUCAAGAAAAUGCAGCAGCUAGCCACAAGUGACAGUGUAAGCUAUUAGCUAUGCAUACCCAUCAUCAGUUGUCAGUAAGUUUGGCUCGUGUUUUUGAUAUGAUGGAGAGCUUGUUUGGCUGCAUUUGUAUCCAUUGUAAAGUUGUCAAUCGCUGUAAAACUGUUCUCAUUCUCCUUUUGCACUCAGAAUAUGUAAAGUUGGCAUGCCCUGAUUUGUUUGCAGCUUAUGAUUCCCAUAGGAAUCAAUGUUUUAUGAAAUUAAGCAAUCAGGAUUCA